CGUUUCAAGUUGGUGGUUUGCGAAUUCUGCAAAAUGAAUUAUAUAAAGGCCUUGGCCCUUUUGUUGGCCUUUUUGGGCUCGCACAUCAUCCAAUCUGAGGCUGUCUGUGGCUAUGAAUCAUGUCCUGAAACCAAGUCCGAUAUGAUCAAUAUUCACUUGGUGCCCCACUCCCAUGACGAUUUGGGCUGGCUGAAAACGGUCGAUCAGUAUUAUUACGGAAAUAAGCAUAACAUUCAGCAUGCUGGGGUCCAGUAUAUAUUCGAUACUGUUGUGGCCGAACUGAGCAAGGACUCACGACGCCGCUUCAUUCAGGUGGAGACGGCUUUCUUUGCCAAGUGGUGGGAGGAUCAGUCGGAAACUAAGAAGCAACUGGUCAAGAAGCUGGUAAACGAAGGACGUCUCGAGUUCACGGGUGGCGCCUGGAGCAUGAACGACGAGGCUGCCGUAAAUUACCAGAGUGUGAUCGAUCAAUUUGCAGUUGGAUUGAAGUUUCUUAAUGACAACUUUGGGGUUUGUGGUCGUCCACGUGUCGGCUGGCAGAUCGAUGCUUUUGGUCACUCCAGGGAGCAGGCCUCAAUGUUUGCCCAAAUGGGUUUCGAUGGCCAGUUCUUUGCCCGCAUGGAUCAGAAUGACAAGAACAAGCGAGUGGAUAACCUGGGACUCGAAAUGAUUUGGGAUGCCAGCGAAACUCUUAAGGAAUUAGAUUUCUUCACUGGCAUGCUUUACAAUCACUACUCGGCACCGCCUGGCUUCUGUUUUGACUCCCUCUGCCAAGACGAUCCAAUCAUUGAUGGUCGGAGCUACGACAACAAUGUCCAGUCCAGGGUGGACGAUUUCAUCAACUAUGCCUCCAAUCUGGCUGGGUAUUAUCGCUCCAGUCACAUAAUGGUGCCCAUGGGCGAUGACUUCCAAUACGAAAAUGCCUACAUGAACUAUAAGAACAUGGACAAGCUGAUCAAGUAUGUCAACGAACGUCAGGCAAGUGGGUCCAAGUACAACAUCAUUUAUUCGACCGCAGGAUGUUAUCUGAAUUCCCUGCACAAGAGUCUUCAAAGCUGGCCAAACAAGACCCAGGACUUCCUGCCCCACUCCCAUGAGGCAAAGAGUUUCUGGACAGGCUUCUUCACCUCUCGACCCACCCAGAAGCGAUUUGAGCGCGAUGGCAACCACAUCCUCCAAGUGGCCAAACAAUUGAGUGUCCUUGCUGAGCUGUCCAGCGAAAAGCAGACUAAGGACUUGGAUUAUCUUCGCCAAAUUAUGGGUGUUAUGCAGCACCACGAUGCCAUCACUGGAACCGAGAAGCAGGAAGUGUCCAAUGACUACGAUCGCCUUUUAUAUGAUGCUAUCUUGGGAGGCGCCAACACAGCCAGUGAUGCCCUGCGAGUGCUUACCAAUCAGCCAAAUUGCGAGUUUGAAAGUUGUUUGAAAUUGAACAUAAGCGAGUGCGCCUUUACCAAGGAUAAUGCUGAUGACUUAAUGGUGACUUUGUACAAUCCAUUGGCUCACACUUCCACCCAGUAUGUGCGAGUGCCCGUGAAGAACGAGAACUACCAGGUGACCGAUGAGAAGGGCCGUGUGGUGGCUUCUGAACUGUUCCCAGUUCCCUGGCAGGUUCUGGCCCUAGAGUUCCGUAACAACGACACUCAGCAUGAGCUGGUCUUCAAGGCAACCGUUAACAAAAUCGCUAGCUACUAUAUCAAGAAAGUUGAUAAGGUGGAAGACAUUGAUUCUAUUCAGCCCACUCAAAUUAAACAGGCUUUCAACGAAGAGGAAUCUAAGUUAGAAGUGCCUAAAAGAUUCAAGAAGGUUCAUUCCCUGAAAACCGAUGCGCAGACAAGCGAUGAUGGAGAGACAGUUGUCCAGAAUUCGCUUAUAAAACUGAUAAUUGACAACAACACGGGCCGCUUGAAGACCGUUGAAAUGAAUGGAGUUUCCGAAAACAUUGAGCAGUCCUUUGGAAUGUACAAGACAGCUCGAUCCUGUCAUUACAUUUUCCGCCAGGAUUCAGACUUGGAAAUACUGGAAGAUGCUUUCGAUUUCACCGUAUACGAAGGUGACUCCGUCAAGGAAGUUCACCAACAGAUAAACGAAUGGAUCUCCCAAGUGAUCCGCAUCUACGAGGGUGUCAACCGAGUGGAACUCGAAUGGCUGGUGGGUCCUGUACCCAUAGACGACGAGCUGGGCAAGGAGAUCGUGACAGUCUUUAAGAGUGGAAUCGCCUCCGACGGAGUCUUCUAUACCGACUCAAAUGGUCGUGAAAUGAUCAAGAGAGAGAAGGAUAAGCGAGAGGACUUCAAUCCCGAUCUAAGUGAACAACCUGUGAGCGGAAACUAUUAUCCAGUAACCUCCAGGAUGGCUCUGCAGGAUGCUAACAAGCGAAUGGUCCUGCUCAAUGAUCGCUCCCAGGGAGGAGCCAGUUUGGAGGAUGGACGUUUGGAGAUGAUGCUGCACCGUCGUCACAUUUUCGCCGAUGGUUCUGGAGCUGCCGAGGCCAUCAAUGAGCAACAGUUCGGAAAGGGAUUGAUAGCCCGAGGAAAACUGUACCUCUCCCUCAACGCUGUCGAAGAUAAGGCCACAGCAUCCGAGCGAAAGGCUGAGAAGGAGAUUCACCUGCCCUUCUGGAAGUUCUUCAGCAAAACUAGCAACAUCCAAAAGGAAGUGACCAAAUCUUUGCCCGAUUUCAACGACUUCCCCCAGUCGGUUCAUCUUCUUACCCUGGAACCUUACUCCAAUGACGAAGUCCUUCUGCGUGUGGAGAACUUUUUGGAUCAAACCGAAGGCAAUGUGGUUAGUUUUAACAUUCGUCAGAUCUUCGAUGAUCUUGGUGGACUGGAGAUUCGUGAAACCACCUUGGAUGGUAAUCUCCCGCUGAGCGAUAUGAAGCGACUGAAGUUCCAUCAUGAUGGUUCCGGUCCUAAUCCCACAGCUCCGGAGUAUUUCACCAGCCUGCACAAGCCCUUGGCAGCUGACAAAUCCCAGGAUGCAUCUGACUUCAGUGUCACAUUAAAUCCCUUGCAAAUCCGAACUUUCAUCAUUAAGAAGGAGGUUGCUUAAGGUAAACAAAGCUGGAAAUUGUUUGAAAAUAAUCAAAUGGUACCCCUUAGUAUUGCCUAAAUAUAGUUUCUAUUUAUUGGGAGUAACUCUAAAAGCUUCCUGUGAUGGCCAAACAACCCAAAUAGACAAACCGCAAUGAUAAUUAAGAGUCGGAAAUGUCGAUUCGAGAUUAUCAGUAUCAGCCGCUCCGCAGGCUUCUCAUAUUUACCGCUUACAAUGCAGAUACAUUUACUGCAUUGGCUUCCACCAAUCCAGCAACCCAACCCUCCAUGAACCUCCUCACACCCAAAGAACAGCGAAACACCUCGAAAUCCCGGCCUGAGUCGGCAUAAGUCCUUUGGUUAUUUGGUGAACCCGUGGCUUCCACUCG